AUCAACAUCGAUCUCACUCUCGCUCUACUACCUUCCCUUCGAUCAGACCUUUUACAGUCUAUCCUUUCGUUGUGUUUAACACUCACCUUCUUUACUACAAUCUGCGAAUAAUCGUAUUACCUUCUUUACGAAUCUCGUCUUCGACUUAUUUUCAUCAUCAACAUGAAGUACUUCACUGCCCAGCUUUUGGCUCUUGCCAGCAUCGCCACUGCGCUCCCCCACCCGCAGACCGGCAACGUCGUCGUUCGCGCUGAACCCGGAUACGGUUCUGGUUACGGUUCCAGCGCCCCUUCUUACGGCUCUGGCAAGCCUGACGCUGGCUCUGACAAGCCCAGCUCCGGCGCCGACAAGCCCGCCGACAAGCCCGAAUCUGGUGACGACAAGCCUGACUCUGGCGACGACAAGCCCAGCUCUGGAGAUGACAAGCCCGACUCUGGCUACGGCUCGGGUAGCCCCAGCGCUCCCUCUGGAGGCGCCGGUCUUCCCGAUCUUGGUGGAGUAACCGGAGCACUUCCAGGUGUUGGCGGCCUCAUUGGCGGAGGUGCCGGUGGACACGGAGGCGCUGGCCUUGGCGGCAUCGCUGGAGGUCUUCCCGCUGUUGGUGGCCUCAUUGGUGGAGGUGCCGGUGGACACGGAGGCGCUGGUCUUGGUGGUCUUACUGGACCCAUUGGCGGAAUCGCUGGAGGUCUUCCAGGUGUAGGUGGCCUCGUUGGUGGAGGUGCCCACGGAGGCGCUGGCAUUGGCGGAAUCGCUGGAGGUCUUCCCGUUGUUGGUGGCCUCGUUGGCGGAGGUGCUCACGGAGGCGUUGGUCUCGGUGGGCUUACUGGAGCUGCUGGCGGAAUUGCCGGAGGUCUUCCCGUUGUUGGUGGCCUCGUUGGUGGAGGUGCUCACGGAGGCGUUGGCGGAGGUGCUCACGGAGGCGUUGGUCUCGGUGGGCUUACUGGAGCUGCUGGCGGAAUCGCUGGAGGUCUUCCCGUUGUUGGUGGCCUCGUUGGCGGAGGUGCUCACGGAGGCGUUGGUCUCGGUGGGCUUACUGGAGCUGCUGGCGGAAUUGCCGGAGGUCUUCCCGUUGUUGGUGGCCUCGUUGGUGGAGGUGCUCACGGAGGCGUUGGCGGAGGUGCUCACGGAGGCGUUGGUCUCGGUGGGCUUACUGGAGCUGCUGGCGGAAUCGCUGGAGGUCUUCCCGUUGUUGGCGGCCUCGUUGGUGGAGGUGCUCACGGAGGAGCCGGUCUUGGUGGUCUUGCUGGAGCUGCUGGCGGAAUCGCUGGAAGUCUUCCCGUUGUUGGCGGCCUCGUCGGUGGAGGAGCUGGUGGUCACGGUGGUAUCGCUGGCCUUCCUCUCUCUGGCGGUCUUGGACUCGGAGGUCUCGGUGUUGGCCUCGGCGGAGCUCACGGAGGUGCUGGCGCUGAUGCUGGUGCCGGUGUUGGCGGCGGAGCCCACGGCGGAGUUGGAGCUGGUGUUGGCGGAGGUGUCGGUGCCGGUGUUGGCGGAGCUGGCGGUAUCGGUGCUGGUGUCCACGGCGGUGCUGGUGUCGGUGUUGGCGGUGCUGGCGGAAUCGGUGCUGGAGCCAACGGUGGUGUCGGUGCUGGUAUCGGAGGAGCUGGUGGUGUUGGCGCUGGUGUCCACGGCGGUGUUGGUGCUGGUGUUGGCGGUGCUGGCGGAAUCGGUGCUGGAGCCAACGGUGGUGUUGGUGCUGGUGUCGGUGGUGCUGGCGGUGUCGGAGCUGGUGUCGGUGGUGCUGGCGGUGUCGGAGCUGGUGUCAACGGUGGUGUCGGUGCCGGUGUUGGAGGAGCUGGUGGUGUCGGCGCUGGUGUCAACGGUGGAGCUGGUGUUGGUGCCGGUGUCUCUGGCGGUGCUGGUGCCGGUGCUGGUGCUGGAGCCUCUGGUGAGAAGUACUAGACACUUUGUUGUCAAUAGCUUGAUCACGACGAGUGCGUCUUCGACACGAUCUAGGAGCGUUCUAUUACGACUUGUAUAGACUACGCAGACAUGUAUUUCUAUUAGGAUAGACUUUAAUCCACUUUUUACUUCUUUCUAUACAGUUAGUUACCUUUACUUGAACAAUUGCAUACAGAAACAGUCUAUCCUUUCUUUCCUUCAUCUCCCUCUACCCCUUACAUUAUUAACAAGUACAGAAACAUAUCUUAAUUGAACCACCUUAGGAUGGUACUGAGGCAGACCAAAUGCACAACACAAUCCGCCCAAGAAACUUGGCCUCGCGCACGUUUACGUAGGUUGUAUUUCGUUUUCUUGUGGUCUUACAUCCGAAAGUAACACCGGUCCAGGAAUAGCGUCGCACAGGCGGGGGAAGAUUUUCGU